AUGGAGGUCGAGAUCAAGCUCCGGCUCCCGGACGCGGCCGCGCACGGGCGCCUCUCCACCUUCCUCGCGCCCCGCCUGCUCCGCACCGACGCCCAGCGCAACGUCUUCUUCGACGCCCCCGCGCGGCCCCUCGCCGCCGCCACCGCCGCGCUCCGCGUCCGCCUCUACGGCCCCGACGACCGCGCCCCCUCCCGCGCCGUCCUCGCGCUCAAGCGCCGCCCGCGCAUCCACGCCGGCGUCAGCCGCGUCGAGGAGGUCGAGGAGCCCCUCGACCCCGCCCUCGCCCUCGCCUGCCUCGACGACCCCGCCCGCCUCGCCGCCGUCGACUCCCCCAUCGUCCGGCUCGUCUCCGACGAGUACGGCGUCGGCGGGGACGGAGCGCCGUUCGUCUGCCUCGGCGGGUUCCGGAACACCCGCGGCGUGUAUGAGCUCGGGGAGGGCGAGGGGCAGGGGCUCGUGCUGGAGCUCGACGAGACGCACUUCGAUUUCGGCACCAACUACGAGCUGGAGUGCGAGACCGCGGAGCCCGACCAGGCCAAGGAGGUCCUCGAGCGGCUGCUCACGGUGGCUGGGGUGCCGUAUGAGUACUCCCGGAGCAAUAAGUUCGCGUGCUUCAUGGCCGGGAAGCUGCUUCCAUGACUAGAUGGAGAUCUUCGUCAAGACCCUCGCCGGCAAGACGAUCACCAUCAAGGUUGAUCCAUCUGACACCAUCUACGUGGUCAAGGCAAAGAUCCAAGAUCAGCAGCGCCUUGUUUUCAAUGGGGGGCAGCUUGAAGAUGAGCGUACUCUGGCUGAUUAUGACAUCCAGGAUGAAUCCACUCUCACCCUCGAUCUGCCCAUCCAAAGGAGGAGGAUGCUAAUCCGUGUCAAAACGCAUUGCAAAUCCACCCUCUGUAAGUUGGAGGAAGAAGCUAUUGUUCUGUUGGUUCG